AUGGCGGGUUUCUUGCACAAGAUCAAGAGUGCCAGCUCCGCGACCACGGCCUCGCCGUCCAAGGAUGGCUACCAGAAGAAGAAGGACGAUGACGUCGCCGAGGCCACCCCUCUUGAGAGGAUGCUUCAGAAUGCCGGACCACUGCGUGAGGAUGGCAGCGACCGCUUCUUUGGCUUUGAAAACUUCGGAAACACUUGCUAUUGCAACUCCAUCGUGCAGGCGCUCUUCUAUUCCGAUUUGUUUCGCGACAACGUCAUCAGCUACCCGCCGUCUUCGUCCCCCGACGCCCCCAACGGGACUCGACCCAAGGUCAACGUCGCCAUCCGACCCCCGAUGAACCCGACGGCGGCCAAUUCCCAAUCGAAGCACAAGAACCUGUCACCGUCGCAGGCGCUGAAGCAGAAGCAGGCCGGCAAUGCGGACCAGCUGGUCACCGGCCCAGCCGGCUCAAAGCCUGAAGACAAACCCGAUAGCCCCGAGUACAAGAAGAAGCAGGCCAUGUUGAAGGGGCCCAUCCUCGAGCUGGCGCAGGAGAAUGCCACGGCCUACAGCAUGGACGAAUGCACCUUUACCGGCCUGAAAGACAUUUUCCUCGCCCUCAUCGAGAGCAAUACCCGAACCGGCGUUCUCAGCCCGCAGAGGUUCCUCGAGAUUUUCAAGCGUGACAACGAGAUGUUCAGGAACUCGAUGCACCAGGACGCGCACGAAUUUUACGGCCUGAUCCUGAACGACGUCAUCACCAACGUCGAAGCAAACGCCCGCAGGAUACAGGAACGCGACGGAGUCGAAAAGUCUUCUUCUGUCCUUGCCGGCAACUCGGUCGGCCGUACACCCUCAGGCACCGGUUGGGUUCACGAUAUUUUCGAGGGCGUCCUGACCUCGGAGACGAAAUGCCUGACGUGCGAAACAGCCUCCCAACGCGACGAGACCUUUCUCGACCUUUCCAUCGAUCUCGCCCAGCACUCGUCGGUCACGGCAUGCUUGCGCAAGUUUUCGGCCGAAGAAAUGCUCUGCGAGGGGAACAAGUUUCACUGCGAUCACUGCGGCGGCCUGCAGGAGGCGGAGAAGCGCAUGAAGGUCAAGCGCCUGCCCAAAGUGCUUACCCUGCACCUGAAGCGAUUCAAGUACACGGAGGACUACAGCCGCCUGCAGAAGCUGUUUCACCGCGUCGUCUACCCCUACCACCUGCGCAUGUUCAACACCACCGAAGAUGCCGAGGACGCCGACCGUCUGUACGAGCUUUACGCCGUCGUCGUGCACAUUGGCGGCAACGCCUACCACGGCCACUACGUCUCCAUCAUCAAGACGAAAGACCGAGGCUGGCUUUUGUUCGACGACGAGAUGGUCGAGCCCGUCGACAAGCAUUUCGUCCGAAAUUUCUUCGGCGACAAGCCGGGCAUGGCCACGGCCUACGUCCUCUUUUACCAGGAGACGACCUUUGACAAGGUCAGGGAAGAGCAGGAGCGGGAAGGCAUGGAGGAGGUCAAGCUCGCGACUCAAGCUGCCCACGUGGCCCACGAGGACGGCGACAAGGCCGAAGCGGACGCGGCGCCCUUGAAGAGGCUUGUCACGCUGCCCGUGCCUCCCACGCCCGAACCCGAAGCCAUGUCGCCGUUGGCGCAUGCCCGGACGGCUCCGGACGUUCCAGGCACGCCGCCGAUGGGGCAUGCCCCUCUCCGCUCUACGACGUUGCAUGCGUCGAAACAGGAGGGGAAGAGCAGGGAUGACAGGAGACGGGAGAGGAAGGAGCGCGAGGCGGCGGAGAAGGCGGCGGAGAAGGCGGCCAAGCAGGCGGAGAAGGAGAGAGAAAGGCAUGCGAAGGAAGCGGUCAAAGAGGAGGAGAAGAGGAGGAGAGAAGAUUAUCAGGUCAGGAAAGCGCAAGCGCGGCGAAGUGAGCAUGAGGCGUUGCCGAAGCCUCUCGACGGGAGCAGGAAGACGACGAUGGCCCGAGAGGAGGAGGGUAGGAGCAAGGAACCCAACGGCAGCACCAUGGGCGGCAUCCUCGAUCGUUCGAAGCGGGGGAGCAGGUCCAUGUCCAAGAAGAGCUUCAGCUUCUUCCACAAGGACAGGGGGGGUGGGGAAGGCGCCGCUGCGGAACCGCAGGAGAACGGCGACGCGGCCGAGAGGCAAGAGAAGCGAGGCCGUCUCGGUAUGGGGCUCGGCAGGAAGAAGAGCAGCCACUUGCUUUCCUAG